GCUAUAAAUACCAACCCCUUUUCACAACAACAUUCAUUCAAACAUAUAGUACACUAAGCGAAUAUGGCUAAGUUUCAAGUUAGCUCCACCAUUUUCUUUGCUCUCUUCUUCUGCUUUCUCCUCUUAGCAUCAAAUGAAGCCAAAAUUUGCCAGAGAAUGAGCAAAACGUGGUCGGGGGUAUGCCUGAACAGCGGCAACUGUGACAGGCAGUGCAGGAACUGGGAGAGGGCUCAACACGGAGCUUGUCAUAGGAGGGGCUUGGGCUUCGCCUGCCUUUGCUACUUUAAAUGUUGAACCUGAACCAAUUAUAUAUACGUACGACGUCCGGUGAUUCCACACAUUAAUAAAGACUAGCUAGCUGGUUGUUUCAAUAAGUUAUGGUUGCUUGUUCAGUUAGUUCGACCAUGUUGUGGCUAAACUAAGUUGUUUAGUUAUUUGUGUUCUUGUAGUGUUGCUACCUGCUUUGUGCGACAACCUAAAUAAAAUCUGAAUUUAGUA